GCGUCUGGGAGGUCUGCCCAGGAAGCGGCGCGUGAAUGAGGAGUUUGUGCGAGAGGCUCUGGCCCCCGGCCUCUCCGCGAAGCGCGCCUCAUCCUUGCUCGGCGCGGUGUAGCAUGAGCCUGCAAUAGCAGAAGGAGCGCCUUGUUGUUGUUAUUGUUGUUAUUAUUAUCUGGACUGCUGAGAGCCAAGGCGCAAGGGAGAGGAGGAGGAGAAGAAGCAGCGUGGCUCUGAGAGAGAGAGAGUGAGAGGGUCCCCCUCUGAAGUGGCAAAGUCAUGGCUUCGGUUUUCAUGUGCGGAGUGGAGGACCUGCUCUUCAGCGGGAGUCGCUUCGUCUGGAACCUGACAGUGUCGACGCUGAGGAGGUGGUACACCCAGCGGGUGAGGGGAUGCCACCAGGCGCUGAGGACGUGGUGCGGGAUAAGGGACGUCUAUCAGAUGACAGAAGGGAGACACUGUCAGGUACAGCUUCUGGAUGACAGGAAGUUGGAGCUGCUGGUUCAGCCCAAGCUCUUGUCACGGGAAUUGUUGGAUCUGGUGGCUUCCCAUUUCAACCUCAAAGAAAAGGAGUAUUUUGGGAUAACAUUCAUAGAUGAUACAGGUCAGAAUAUCUGGCUACAGUUAGAUCACAGAGUUCUGGAUCAUGAUCUGCCCAAGAAACCUGGUCCAGCGACUUUGUUUUUUGCUGUCAGGUUUUACAUUGAAAGCAUUUCCUUCCUGAAGGACAAAACCACAGUUGAGCUCUUUUUCCUGAAUGCAAAGUCCUGUGUGCAUAAGGGGCAUAUUGAGGUGGAAAGUGAGACAGUCUUCAGGUUAGCUGCUUUGAUUUUACAGGAAGCUAAAGGGGACUACUCCAGCGAUGAGAAUGCAAGGAAAGAUCUAAAGAACUUGCCUGCCUUUCCUACCAAGACACUACAAGAACACCCAUCGCUCGCCUUUUGUGAGGACAGAGUCAUUGAACAUUAUGUAAAAAGCAAGGGGCUGACCAGAGGACAAGCGAUUGUUCAGUACAUGAAAGUGGUUGAAGCUUUGCCUACAUAUGGAGUCCAUUACUACGGAGUAAAGGAUAAACAAGGGAUCCCAUGGUGGCUCGGGAUCAGUUAUAAAGGAAUCGGCCAGUACGAUUUACAAGAUAAAGUCAAGCCUAGGAAGUUAUUCCAAUGGAAACAGCUGGAGAAUCUCUAUUUCCGUGAGAAGAAAUUUGCUGUUGAGGUUCACGAUCCCCGUAGAAUUUCGGUGUCACGGAGGACUUUUGGACAGAGCGGCCUCGUAGUGCAAACCUGGUAUGCGAACACGUCUCUGAUCAAAUCCAUCUGGGUUAUGGCAAUCAGUCAACAUCAGUUUUACUUGGACAGGAAACAAAGCAAAGCAAAAAUCCCCUCAGCCAGAAGCUUGGACGAUAUUGCAAUGGACUUAACAGAGAUGGGAACACCAAAGGUUUCGAAAUUAGCCACUUUGGAAGCAAAGAGUCAACUUAUUAUGGCCAGCAAUGGUAGCCUAAUCUCCUCAGGGUCUCAAGAUUCAGAGGCCAGCGAAGAGCAAAAGAAAGAGAAAAUCUUGGAGCUGAAAAAGAAAGAAAAGCUUUUGCAGGAGAAGCUUUUGCAGAAAGUUGACGAACUGAAGAAAAUCUGCCUGCGGGAAGCGGAGCUCACUGGGAAAAUGCCAAAGGAAUAUCCCCUGGGCACAGGAGAGAAACCACCUCAGGUCAGAAGGCGUGUAGGCACAGCCUUCAAAUUGGAUGGCAACCUGCUUCCCAGCGAGGAGGACCCAGCUCUGCAGAAUCUGGAGAGCAACUUCUUCAUACAGCAAAAGAUGGUGGAAGCUGUGAAGAAACUUUCCAGUGAGCCAGACCUAUGCAAAAAUGUGAAGAAGAAGAGGAAACAGGAGUACAUAGAAGCAGUGAAAAAGCUUCAGGAGAUUGAAAAUUCCAUUAAUGAGUAUAGGAUUAAGUGUGGAAAGAAACCUACACAGAAAUCAACCCUGACCUUACCAGAUGAAAUCAUCCCUUCUGAGAGCAGCUCUUUGUCUGACACAACAACAUUUGAAGAUGCAGGUAGUGAUUAUCUUGCUGUGCCAGGCCAAAGAAUAAACUCUGUGCCACUUUCUCCAAAAUCUCCAUCACCCAAAUCCCUUGGGGUGGAGAGAAUCCAUCUCAGGAAGUCCUCCAUGAAUGAGCAACUCCUUGAAUCCAGGCACUCCAGAUAUUGGGAUGGUGGCCACAUACCGGAUUCCUCUAUUUAUAAUCACAGAGACCCCUUGUCAACACACAGCAGCCCGUACAGAACAGUGGAGAGGCAGCACCGUGGUGGAAGAAGUAUGCCCACAACACCAGUUCUCACACGCAAUGCGUAUAGUAGCACUCAUUUACAGCCGGAUGUAUCCCCCCAGCACUGCAGGCAGCGGAGGGGCAGCUUAGAGUCCCAAACCAACUUGCUGUCUGAGACUGCCAGCGAAAAGCCAGUGUUCACCCUUUCGAAAUCUCCAAGAAGCAGCAGUACAGAAAUCCUAGAUGAUGGGUCCUCCUACACCAGCCAGUCCAGCGCGGAAUACUACGUGACCUCAAGCCCAAGCCCCUGCUAUACAACCCAGACUCUGGACAACCGUACAAGAAACAGGAGAUGGACCAAGAAACAGAACAUUUCUGCUGCAAAUUCGGGAAGCAUGCCAAACCUUGCCCAGAAGGACGUCCGCAAUGGCGGCUACCCAAAAAGCCAGGAGCAACCGUCGGUCACCUGCUACAUUCCUGGCUACGCCCCUUACACGGAGUGCGAUGUGUAUUACAAUAGCGGCUACGUGUAUGAAAAUGGCACGGAGGGCCAGUACACGGUUAACCCUUCCUACCGUUCAUCGGCACACUAUGGACACGAGCGCCGCUAUCGGGAUUUCAGGUCUUUCCACGAGGACGAGAUGGAGAGAGUGCCGCACAACCCGUACGCCACCCUCCGCCUGCCGCGGAAGCCGUCCGUGAAAUCUGAGCACAUCACCAAAAACAUUCACAAGGCCUUAGUAGCAGAGCAUCUUCGCGGCUGGUACCAGCGUGCCUCUGGGCACAAAGACCAGGCUCAUGGCCUGCAGGCAGGCUUUGACGCCGACAGAGGGUCACAGAGGAGCCUGGGCUUCGCUGGACUGCAGGUCCCCUGUUGUCCGAGCAGCCGCGCGUCAUCUUUCUCUUCAGCAUCUUCUACAAAUGCCUCUGGGAAUUGGCGGAAUCAGAUUGCACUGGGACUUCCUGAUUAUGAUACGCUGUCUCAAUCCUCUUAUGCUAGCUGUUACGGGAGUGUGUAUGGCAACCACCCACUGCCAAGCAGGAUGUAUGCCGAAACAAGCCAGUUGGGCAGCAGCAACAGGGACCAGUUGGAAGGAGACUUGCAAGACGGUGACCAGGGACUGUUCUGGCAUGAGGAUUCGAAGCCUGGGACUUUAGUGUGAGCCUAGCCUUGGCUUCAGUUACCCCAUGUGCCUUGCACCUUUAUGCUGUUCUACAAAGCAAACAAAACAAAACUUAGCUUCCUGGUGCAACUCAGAAAUGAGGACUGUUAUGGGAGGAUGAAGUAUUCAGCGAGACAAAGCUGCAGAUUCUUAUCCACGUUAGCACAACAAUAUGAAUCCAAAUAGACCAAAAUGAGGAAGAGGUCUGGUUUUAAAUCUCCUACCACAAAAUGCAGCCUUUGGUUGAAGUAUUUUGGAAAGCACUUUUUUGAAAAGACGGAAAGAAGAUGAUGGUGCAGACUUCAAAAAAAAAGUGAAAAGGGGAUUCUUCUUGGGACCAUUUUAGGAGCACAAUUCAGAGAGAAAUUCAGAGUCGCUUCUGUCGUAGCAUCUGCUGAUCAAGAAGACAAGUUUGUGGCACACUGAAUGGCUACAAGGCAGAAGGUUGACUUUGCAGCACUCCUUGAAGAAUGUUUGGGGUUUUAAACAGUAUUUGAAUGAGGUUAAAGAUGUUUUUAAGAUGUGCUGUCCUGAAUGUCUCUCUCUUAUCGAAGCACCGUGAAAAGAAAAGAAGCAGUGGUUGCACAUUGCAAUGUACCACAUAAAUCUGUGACAGCAGCAUAGCUGCCAAGUUAUCCCUUUUUUUAAGGGAUUUUCCCUUAUGCUGAAUAGGCUUCCUCGCGAGAAAAGGGAAAACUUGGCAGCUAUGGACAGCAGGGCGGCUGUUUUCUGGAAAGUGCAAGCAGGCAUCUUCAAAUUGCUUCCUAGUGGGGAGUAAUUUUACAACUCUCCAUGAUAAAUUUUCAUUUAUGCAAGAAUGCAUGCAGGUUUAAAUGUGGAAUGCACAGGGAAACACUUGGUUUUGAUACAUCAAUAAGAAACAGAAAGUUUGCAAGAAUAUUUGCAUUACUGAUGUGACAAUAUGUCCAAUGUAUUGAACGGCUUCACUAUAUUGACCAGUAUUAUUUUAAAAAACAAAACAGUGGACACAAUUGCACUUAACAGUAAUACCAAGUUGGUGCCUUAAAAAUCAAAGGGCAUUUAAAUUGUAAAAUAUGCUAUCUGUAAAAAGCAGGUGCACUAUGCAUUCACUGGUCCCAGUCAAUGAAGUCAGGAAUAGAGCAGAAUACUUGAAUAGCCCCUGCUUCUCUCCUGGUGCAACCUCUCACCUUCAAGAUGUGAUCAGUGUUCAUUAUCUGUUGUCCAAGGAGAGAGAAAAAGGGGGAAGGAGUACCAGGCUGGAGAAUGAUCUGGCUUGAGCUGACAGUAGCCGUUUUCACACAAUAACAAAGAGGCAACACAGAUAUAAAUGGACCGCAAGGCUGUGUGUUUACCCUGCUCUUGAGGGUGCAUGAUUCAUUCUGACCCCUUUUGUGUUGAAGGAUAACUUCUGAAGUGGGGAGCCUUUUUAUCCCUGCAAGCUCCCUGUGUGAUUUAAGAAUCCUGAAUGUGGCAAGCUUCCACGGAUAGAAAAAGACUCUCCACUUGUUAUCCCUUACCAUAUGAGGAGUUUUUUGUGACCUCAAGUACCUUUCUUUCCAUGUUGCCGCCUUCACACAAGUAAUACGUGAAGAAGACUAGCAUAGCCAUCUGUGGGAUCUGUGAAUGGAAGCCUGUUUCCACUCAUGUGAAUUGCCUCCUAUAUAAAUCGGGGCAACAGAGUGAUGAAUUAGCAUGUACACAAAGUAAGUGAAUUUUUUUUUCUGUGCAAACAAAGGAAGAACUCAACUGCAGGUUUUAUCUAGGAGGAAUAAGCCUACCUCAUAUCAUCUACCUGUAGGAACAAAUUAACUAAAGUUUACCUAGUGUAAUUUUGCAAACUUAUAAAAAAUAAUUUUGUUUCUCAGCUAUACUGUACUUCAGGAUUCUAUCCAAUGGUGCUGUUUGGGGAUCUUCCUUUUUUAAAAAAAAAUACAAAAUGCAGAAUCACUCCUUGUUAUUGUGAAUAGAAAGGUUUGGGGGGGGGAAGGUUUUUGAACCUUUUUUUUAACUGAUACUCCAAAUCAUGUAAAAAGAAUUCUAUAAAUAUAUAUAUAUAUAUAUACAGAGAGAUUCUGAAUUUGUUAAGCUGGUCCUUAGUCAUUUGUAUUAUUAGAGUUAAAGUUUGGAAUAAACGUGGAAAAAAAGAAACAAAAAUAAUAAUUUAUUUCUUUUGUGCAUAUUUGUAUAGCCUUUUAGAAACAAGGAUAUCUUUUUUUGCCUAUUCUUUUACUACUCCUGACUUUUUAAAGACCUAUGAUUUUGUAUAGGUCAAUAAACUCAAAAAGUAUGCUACUAAACAUUUCCCGUAUUCUCUAUUUCUGUUUGGUUUUUGUUUUUAGCUUUUGGUAUCCCAAAGUUCCGGAGUGGAUGACAACUUAAAUGCACAGGUUAUGAUCUAGUCAAAGAAAAGCACUGAAAGAUGUGCUUACUUCUCUCUCAAGGUUCUCCAUCCUUAGCUUAUUUUGAAUGUAGGCCUCCUUCCCUCUUCGUUUUUCCUCUUCUCAAGAGCGUGCAUGUACGUUUUAUAGUUGUGUGUUGUACCAGAAUUUCCCAUUACCACAUGCCAGCCACAUCUCUAUAUAUAAAAAUGUAAACUGGCCAUGUCCGUUAGUAUCCACGUUUCACCAAAACCGCUUGACCGAUUGCGUUGAAAUUUUGACAAAAUGCCACAUGUGAAUAUGAGACUAACCCCAUACCGUUUUCAAAGACAGAUGUCACACCUGUGCCUGGUAAAACCCCAAAACCCCGUGUUUCAAAACACACCACUCAGACGAAAAUGCAUUCUGGGAAAAGAACCAGGUUGCAAACGAGUGCCCUCUAGCGGCGGCUACACUGGUACUGCACCUAUAAAACCUUUCCUCUCAACAGCACCUCAGCUCCCUUUUACAUACUAGGCCAAAGCCUUUACAGACUAGGCCGA